UCGUGCCAGUUUCUUUUUAAGGGUGUGCUUGAUUCUCUGAGCAAUUUAAGGCGACCUACCCGAGGAGUGUGUCUGAGUAGAUAAAUAAGUUAUUUUAUAGCUGGUGAGAUUUUUAAAAUUUCGAGGUUCACCCUUUCUGGCUCGCUAUCUUAGUUAACGUACCUAUCUCUAGUUAGCUAGGUAAGCUAGCAUCGGCAGCUCGGACAGUUAGUUUUCCAAAACAGAGUUCCCCAAAAUGGAGGCGCUGAUGCAUUUCCAUCUCCGCAAACUCCAUGCCGUACUGCCCAGAUCUCUGAGCAAAGCGUGUAGAAGGAGCCACCACUGUGCAGCCCAGCACGCACGCUCAGCCUGCACUCCCCCUAUGCCCGUUACUCCCAUGCCACUGGUAUCACGCCUCUUCCAGCCCUCGAAUCUCCGCGAAGGUCAGGAGGCAGGGGGCCUGACGUGCCACAGCCAGAGACUGAUGCUGCAGGCAGGCCUGAUUCAACUGUCCAGCCCUGGAUGCUUCCACUAUCUCCCCACCGCAGUGCGCUCCAUGGAGAAGCUGGUGAGGCUGAUUGACCAGGAGAUGCAGGCCAUUGGCGGGCAGAAGGUGGACAUGCCUGCGCUGUGUGGGGCCGAGCUGUGGAGGUGCAGUGGCCGCUGGGAGCUGAUGGGGAAGGAGAUGUUCCGGUUGCGUGACCGCCACAAUGCAGAGUACUGCCUGGGGCCCACACACGAAGAGGUCGUCACAGAGCUGCUCGCUUCGCAGACCAAGCUGUCCUACAGGCAGCUGCCUCUGCUCCUCUACCAGGUAACCAGGAAGUUUCGUGAUGAGCAGAAGCCGAAGUUUGGUCUGCUGCGAGGCCGGGAGUUCUAUAUGAAGGACAUGUACUCGUUUGACGUUAGCGAGGAGGCAGCCCUUCACACCUACCAGUCCGUGUGCCAUGCUUACAGGCGUCUUCUUGACCGGUUGGGACUGAGGUGGGUGCAGGUGCAGGCCGACACAGGCAACAUCGGAGGAACGCUCUCGCACGAGUUUCAUCUGCCAGCUGAUGUAGGAGAAGACCGUUUGCUUAUGUGUGGGAACUGUGGUUUCUCUGCUAAUGUGGAAGCACUGGAAGCUGGCCGAAUGGACUGCCCCCAGUGCCUCACACAGCCCCUGACCGAGUCAAAAGGCAUUGAAGUGGGACAUACCUUCUACCUCGGCACAAAGUAUUCACAAGUGUUCAGUGCCAUGUUUACUAAUGCUCAGAACAAGCCAGCGCUGGCACAGAUGGGAUGUUUCGGCCUCGGGGUCACGCGCAUCCUCGCCGCCUCCAUCGAAGUGCUCUCCUCCGAGGACUCCAUCCGCUGGCCUAGACUACUUGCUCCUUACCAAGUUUGUGUCGUGCCGCCUAAAAAAGGCAGCAAAGCCAGCGAGGUGAUUCACAUGGCCGAGGAGCUGGCCCAUCACUUGGGGAACUGUUUCCCUAAUUUAAAAGGGGACGUGAUCCUGGACGACCGGACCCAGUUGACCAUUGGCAAGCGGCUGAAGGACGCUGGCAGGCUGGGCUACCCCUAUGUGGUGGUGGUGGGGCAGAAGGCAAUGGAGGAGAAGCCUGUGUUUGAGGUGGUGUGUCAACAAAGUGGGGAGACCCUCUUCCUUAACCGAGAUGGCCUGCUGGACCUUUUGAGUGGAGUAGAGACAAUAUAACCGAGAUGGUCUACCGUUCUUACAUAUGUGAUUAAUUUAUAUAUCAGCUGCAAUUAUGUGGUCUGGUCAGGGUGCAAAUAUUAUCAUGGGUAGUUUGUGAAAAUAUUCACUAUUUGUGUGUCAUUAAUUGAUUAUAGAGAUGUUACCUGUGUACCUCUUGCAAAUGCCCUUCUUUUAAUAAAUCUCUUGUGUUUUAUUGCA